CGAAAAAUUAGUUUAUAAACUUACACUUUGGUGUGCGUAACUCUUUUUCAUAUACAAAUAUUCGUGGUUGUAGUUUCCAAAUUAUUCUAUGAAUUAUAAUGGCGGAUGCGUCGGCAGAUGAUUAUGAGAUUGCGCUCGAGGCCAGCGGCUUUGGCUGGUUCAAUAUUAUAGUCCUGAUCAUUGGGUUUCCUGUAACAAUGGCGAUCAUAUUCGCUACAUCGCUGCUCAGCUAUGCGAUGACGGCCAUGAAGUGUGAUGUGGAAAUGUCAAACAAUGAGCGUGGAUUCAUGAACGGCUCAUGUUACUAUGGCAUGUUGCUCGGCGGACUGUUCUGGGGCUUUGCCUCGGAUGCGUUUGGACGCAAGCCAGCGAUCAUACUCAGCCACGUGACAGACUUCAUAUUCGCCUUCGCCUUGUCCUUUUGCUCAACCGUUAGAUGGUUCAGCGCCUACAAGUUUCUCUGCGGCAUAUGCAUAUCUGGUGGCUUUCUGAGCUUCAUGACUUACGUAUCUGAGGUGCAUUCGCAUAAGCAUCGCGCACGCGUUAUGUUUGGCAUGGGCAUGAUGUUGUCCAUAUCCGCCGGCGUUUUGCCCUGCAUGGCUUUGGGCAUUUUAGCUAUCGAUCGCUUUGAUCUACCCAUGGCCAACAGCACAUGGUCCAACUGGCAUUGCUUUUUGUGUGUUGGCUCACUGCCCAGCCUCAUUGUGGGCAUUGCCUUUAUCUUUAUGCCCGAGAGUCCGCGUUUCGAUUUGACCAAAGGCAAUAUGCAGCGUGCCGCCAAGACGAUAACAACUAUGCGUAAAAUGGCUUUUAAAAAGGAGGUCAGAGCCAAUGAAGAACCCAUUAAGUUGGCUAAUCCAUCCGGUGGCGAGAAACAGAAAAAAUUCGAUUGGAAGGGCAUCAAGGAAUCGUUCACUAAGCGCAAUAUCAUUUGCGCUGUACUAAUAUUCCUAAUCGAGUUCUUUGCGCUCAUGUGUCAGAAUACAAUGCGCUUAUGGCAGCCUGUGAUGAUUGCCGUAGCCGAGGAGGAUAAACAUGAUAAUUUUACAAUUGAGUUUUGUUCAGUUGUCGAUCUUAUGAACAAGCCCCCACCUCCACCCAAACAAUGCCAUGCUGUGGUCAAACCUGACAUGUAUUACAGUAAUUUCUACAGUGUGGGUCUUUGUCUUAUAGCUUUUAUCAUAUCCAUAGUUAUUGUCAAAUAUGUUGGCAUCAAAAUUGUCCUGAUCUCGUUCCUAUUUGUAAGUUUCGUUUUUGUGAUCGCUUUGAGAUUCAUCAAGGGUAUGAUUGGCAUGGUGUUCGCCUUAGGUUUGUUCUUAAGCGCUGAAUUUGUUAUAGCAGCGGCGCUUAUGAAUGCCAUAGCGCAAAUAUUUCCCACCAAUGUGCGCAAUACUGUGCUAUCGGUCAAUCAAAUAAUUGGACGUCUUGGUUCGAUUAUUGGCAAUCAUGUGUUUCCAUUAUUGUUUUAUUAUGGCUGUGAUCCACCCAUUAUAUGGCUGGCUUUGAGCGUUGUCGUUUCGAUCGUCGCGGCUAUAUUUAUACCCAUACCGAAACGUCGUGAACUGUUGUAAAAUAUUUUUAGCAUUGUAUGUUUAAGCUAAAUUUAA